UCCUUUCCACUUAUAAAUAAUCAGGGGAUCCCACGCCAUAUUUGCUGUCAAAAAACUUGUGUCCAAAUUUCUACGUAACCUUAAGCUGACCCCAUCUCCACCUUCAAUCUGGUUCUUGUUCAGAGCAAUUUAUUGUUAGAUCUUUGUUUGGCUGUUCCAGAAUCGAGAAUGAGUCGCGGAAAUCAGAGAGAUAGAGAUCGUGAAAGGGCACAAGCCAGGGCAGGUAGCAAACCCAAACAGCCCAAAGGUGAUGGAUUGACCCCUGAACAAAGACGAGAAAGAGACGCAAAGGCACUUCAAGAAAAAGCAGCAAGGAAAGCGGCGCAGGCUGCUGGUGGUGGAAAUAACCAAUCUGAUAGUAAACUAAUUAAGAAGAAAUAGUAGAAUUUAGCAAGGAAAGUUGUGUUGUUGAUACAGGAGUAGGUAUAAGGGAAUCUUGUGGAUGAAUCAGGCGUGGUUUCUGGAUAUUGGAGGUCAUUGUUGUUCAUGUCACAGCAAAGUGUUUGAAAUAUUUGCUUCCAUUUGUUCAUGUCAUUUGUCAAGUAUUUGGAAUAUUCUACUUUAGUUUUGGCAUGUAUGGUCCUUAACUGUUUGUAUCUGAUUUGCAAUGAAAUUUCCUAUUGUGAUUAACUUA